CCUGUUCUAUCAGUACUAACAUCACCAACCCUCCUAGCAAAAUGAUGAAGUUUAUCGUUGUCCUCGCCGCGCUCGUCGCCUUCGUCGCCGCAAAGCCAGCGCUGGUGAGCGCACCUUUAGUGGCUGCAGCUCCUGCCGCGGUUGUCACGGCAACCAGCUCACAGUACUACCACCGCCUCAACAGCGGGCUUGCUGCCUACGUCGCUGCCCCUGCUGCCUACGUAGCCCCUGCUGCUGCACCUUACGUAGCUGCCCCUGCUGCAGCACCCUACGUGGCUGCUCCAUACGUCGCCGCCUCAGCACCCCUCAUUGCCUAUUAAACAAAUGAACCUCGCUUCGAACCCAUUGUGAUACUACGACUUAAUUCUACACUGGUUGUUGAUAAAUUAAAGAUGUUUUGAAGAGUU